AAAACACAAUCAAUAAAUACAAUAGUUACAUACUGAUCAGAUUUUCCCCUUUCUCUAUUAUGGGAGGAAAAUUCUUGUUUUUCCAAAAUAGUAAAUAAAAGCAGCACAUAUUUUUAAUAUGAUUAAGCCGUAAAAAUCUGAGCUGUUUUAUGUUUUGCUUAAACCCCCAGUUGACACCUACUUAAUAUAUCUAAGCAAAUAGUGCAGUAAUCAUGGCUAUGUACAAGGCAUUUCGUGUUUUUGAAAAAAGGGCUCCUCCUAGCCCUCAUAGCGUUUUACUAGAGCAUAAGGCAAAAGAGGAUACUCUGCUUUUUGAAUCUCAAGCGGUGGCAGUAUUAUCUACACAAGAAACGGAAGCUGUUAAGAAACAAUACAAUAAAGUAUUAGACGCAUAUGGUUGCUUGGGGGUUCUACAGAUGUAUUCAGGGGAAAAUACAUUGUUAUAUCUUGUAAUGGUUACAGGAUGUUUUUCUAUAGGAAAAAUAGCAGACUCUGAAAUUUUUCGAAUAACGCAAACCCAUUUUGUACCAUUACAUCAUCCAAAUAAUGAAGAUAAAAUAGCAGAGGUCAGAAAAUUAUUGAAUUCUGGAACUUUUUAUUUUUCAUGGUAUUCUGGACCAUCCAGUGGAGUUCCGUUAGAUCUGACUCUAUGUGCUCAAAGGCGAGCUAAAACAAGUACUACAGACCACCGAUUUUUUUGGAAUCGAAUGUUACAUGUUCAUCUAGUCAGGUUUGGAGUUGAUUGUAACAGCUGGUUGCUACGAACAAUGUGUGGGUCCGUUGAGAUUAGAACAGUUUAUGCAGGAUCUAAGAAAGCCUUAGCUGCUGUUAUUUCAAGGCUUAGCUGUGAAAGGGCAGGGACACGUUUCAAUGUAAGAGGUACCAACGAUGAAGGUCACGUGGCAAAUUUUGUAGAAACAGAACAAGUAAUUUAUUUAGAUAACGAGGUUUCCUCAUAUUUGCAAACGAGGGGCUCGGUUCCUUUAUUUUGGGAGCAGCCUGGCAUACAGAUGGGAUCGCAUAAAGUAAGAAUAUCUAGAGGCUAUGAGGCUUCCAAGGCUGCCUUUGAUAGACAUAUGACCAUGAUUAAAGAAAAAUAUGGUAACCAGGUUAUAGUGAAUUUAUUAGGAACUAGCCUAAUUGGUAGUAAGGAAGGUGAAGCAACGCUUAGUCAAGAAUUCCAGAAACACCAUAAGGAUUCCAUACACAACGAUAUACCACAUGUAGUAUUUGAUUAUCACCAAGAAGUAAGGGGAAAUAAUCAAGUUAGUCUUCAAAAGCUAAGAGCUAAAGUUGAGCAAGAAUUGGACAAGUUUUCAUUUUAUCAUGCCAGUGGUGACACUCUUCAUAGUUUACAGACAGGCACUAUUCGGACUAAUUGCUUAGAUUGUUUAGAUCGAACAAAUUGUGUACAAACAUUUUUCGGGUUAGAGAUUUUGGCAAGACAGUUGCAAGCUAUGCAAACGAUUGAUAAGAAGAAUGCUAGAUUUGAAGAGGUAUUUAGACAAAUGUGGAUCAAUAAUGGAAACGAGAUUAGUAAAAUUUAUGCUGGUACAGGCGCAAUUCAAGGUGGAUCGAAGAUUAUGGACGGCGCAAGGUCAGCUGCACGUACUAUUCAAAAUAAUCUGUUGGACAACUCUAAACAAGAAGCAAUAGAUAUUUUGUUACUUGGAUCAACGUUAUCAACUGAACUAGCGGAUAGAGCCAGAAAUUUAUUGCCUUACAAUACUUUACAUGCUCCCCCUCAAGUUUUGAGAGAAAUGUGUAAGCGAUACAAUGAAUAUACCGAGCCUCUACAAGUUAGAGUAGCAGUUGGAACAUAUAAUGUAAAUGGAGGCAAACACUUUCGAAGCUUAGUUUUUAAAGAUAUAAAAUUAUCAGAUUGGUUGCUUGAUAACCAUAAACAAAAUCAAAGUCUCGUCGAUACUACUGGUUGUGAUGUUAAUAGAAUGACCCCUGUGGACAUAUAUGCUAUUGGUUUUGAAGAAAUCGUUGAUUUGAAUGCUGCAAAUAUUGUCAACUCAAGCACGGAGAAUGCAAAAGCCUGGGCUACGGAAUUAGAAAAAGUACUUUCUAGGGAUUAUCCAUAUGCUUUGCUUACAUAUCAACAGCUCGUUGGAGUUUGUUUGUAUGUCUUCGUCCGACCUGAACUUAUUCCUUUUAUUAAAGAUGUUGCUGUGGAUUCUGUCAAAACUGGCUUAGGAGGACACACAGGGAAUAAAGGUGCUUCGGCAAUACGUCUUGUAGUUCAUGCCACGUCACUUUGUUUUGUUUGUGCACAUUUUGCAGCUGGUCAGUCCCAGGUCAAUGAGAGAAAUGCGGAUUAUAAUGAAAUUACAAGAAAAAUUGCUUUUCCAAUGGGUCGUUCAUUAAAUUCACAUGAUUACCUUUUCUGGUGUGGAGAUUUUAAUUAUCGUGUAGAUAUGGAUAAAGAUGAGAUUAAAGAACUAGUUCGUGUAGGUAAUUUUGAUGCUAUUUUAGAGCGAGAUCAGUUAAAGAAGCAACAAGAAGAGGGUAACGCAUUUAAAAAUUUUAUUGAAGGUAAAAUUACCUUUCCUCCGACUUAUAAAUAUGACCUCUUUAGUGAUGAUUAUGAUACUAGUGAAAAAUGUCGCGCUCCAGCCUGGACAGAUCGAAUUCUAUGGAAAAGAAGACAUUUUGCAGAACUUAAUGGCCAGACACAGAAUUUAUCAGCUGGUAAUUUAAUUCAUUAUGGUAGAGCUGAAUUAAAGCAGAGUGAUCAUAGACCAGUUAUUGCAAUCGUGGAUAUUGAAUGUAGACGCGUUGAUCUCUCUAAAAGGCAAGACAUGUUUUAUGAAGUUAUUAAAGAUAUGGGACCUCCAGAUUCAACCAUUAUUAUACAUUGUCAAGAUGCCAAACAAGAAGAUGGAAUGGUCUUUGAUGAUAAUAUUGUAAUGAUUUUACUAGAAGAGUUUGCCCAAUUCGGGGAAACCAUUUUAGUUAGAUUCGUCGCUGAUACCAUGUGGAUCACUUUUAGAGAAGGACAGUCCGUGUUAGAAGCUAUGAAGAAGACUGGUGGUGUUAUAAGAAUUCAAGAUUAUGACCUUGCCUUAUCGUUGAAGGCCCCGGAUUGGGUAGAAAAGGCUAAAGAAGAGAUUGAGUUAUGUUCUAAUAAUACAAUUUCUUUAUAUUCUACAGCCAGCCAAUCUGAAUAUCACUGUCUUGGUAUACCAUUAGUUCAGCAAAAGGAUAGUUCACGACCCUCUCCACCUAGUCGUCCUCCCCCACCUUCUGUUAAAAUGACACCAAUCUCAAGUCCAAUAAAAAAAACUUUAUUACCAAGAGCAGGAGUUAUAAGUAUUCCGGUUAAAUCUACUCCCCAACCUGCCCUUCAGCCAACCAUAGUUUCAUCCGCUAUAAACCAAAAUGGGAAUGGCGUUCCAUCGGGAGCACCUCCACCAAAUAUGCCACCACCGGAGUUACCUUCUUUGCCUCCACGGGAUCAAGAGGGCGGUAUUUAUGAAGAGAUUCAAGAUGAUUCCGCGGUUAAUAUGCCAGCACCUUUGGGUCCGCCGCCACCACCCCCAAGAGCAGAGUCCUCCUUACCAUCAACACCCUUACGGCCACCACCAGUGCCGGCCCGGUCUGUUCCGCCUCCUCCUUUGCCUGCAAGACCACGCCAAUAGUUCCUAGCCAAUUAUUUCGUGAGAUUCUACGAAUGCAUAGACAUCCCUUACGACAUUUACGUAAGAAGUUUCCUGUAUAAAUUUUUUUUAAUUAUUUUUUCAUCGUUGUUUCUUUACACUUUGUGGAGAUAUAUUGUCGAUUUUUCGUUAGAUGGAACACAAAAACCAUGGUUUAUCAAGAAAUAAAAUAUAAGUAAAAAAUGAGCUGUGCAUGGUAUAUUUAAAUAGGUAAUUUAAUUAAUAAUAUUAUAUAUAUAUAUAUAGUUUAUAAUUCUGGCUAUUUAUUAUAUAAUGUAUCUAAAAGUUUAGAAAAAGAGUAUUAAUAUCGUUAUUUUUUAUUUUUAGUAUAUUCCUCUUAAAAUAUUGUAAAUAAAUAUAAUGGUAUAGAAAUAUGAGCUGUUCCUUGAUGCAAAUGAAAAUUUAUAAUUUCUUAUUUAUUGUUUAACCCUUAAUCGCUCCAGAGUAAUAAUAUAAUAUAAAUAAUACUUAGGAUUAAGAUUAAAUACUUUUAUUUAAAAAAAAAAACAACAAAUUCUAAUAACUGUAAUAAUGUUUUUUAGGGUAUUUUUUUUUAACUUUAACAUUUUCGGGCACUCGCUAUGAGCAUAGAAGUAAAACGAUAUUAAGCUUUUUUAGGAGACAUGACAUAAAUUAAUAAAUAUAAACAUCGACAGCUUUUCCUUAACCCUGUAUAUUUAUCAUUAAUGUGGCUAUGAAAGCAGAAGAUAUUAAUAAAAAUAUCUGUAAUAUAUGUUGCAUUGUAAACAAAGUUAUUAACUUGCGAAAUAGCCAGAAAAAAAUUGGAGAUAUUAUAUGUUAGUCGUCUUUCAAAUAAUUAAUUGUAAGAUUUAGAUAAAUUAUAUAUUAACCUGCAAUUGCUCUCAAACCCAUUAUUGGCAAUAGGUAAUUAAAAAAAAAUGUUGUUAAA